AUGCCCGCCCCUGUGGGUAGCUACAGGUACCUGGCAUUCAAGUACUGGGGAGACAUUGACGUGUUCGAGAAGGUGUAUCUAGACUCGCCUAGUGAGGUCACUGCAAGGAUAUUCACCAAACAUCUCCAGCGCGUUAUCAUUAACGUACUGAAUCUCCAGGCAACCACCGCUACGUCAGAGUCGGCCCAUUCAAGUGACUCACUCGUACGAGGGGUGUACUUCCUCGAACUCAAGUGUGGCCUCCAUCCGAACGCAUCUCUGACAUCUAUAACUGGUCUUGGUAAAUGGGACUAUGCUGGCAGGAAGCUCGUGGACUAUGACGGACCACGCGUGUAUCGACAAUUAUCGAGACUAUUGGCUGAAGGACUCCUCAACGAGCAUGUCCUCCGUAAGGCUCCUUGCCUGGACUCUCGUCACUCAGUAGAAGCUCAGUGGAGUACAACCUACAAGCAUUGGAUACUAUCCAUCGGAGAGGCCCAGUCGCCGUCCAGGCUCACCUCGAGGGUAUCUUCAGGAGGAGCGGCUCAAAGGGACAGGGCCAUGACUGAAUAUGAGUUCUUCCGUCAGUGGGUUCACAGCUUCCCAAAGCUUCGGUGGUCACCUAAGGAGAUCAUAGCUGGUCGAAAGGUCGUCAGUAACAGUGACGGCCUGAGUAUGACUCUGGAAGAUGCCGUUCGGUCCAGUCGGGGGGAGGUGAAGCUGGAUGUAGCUGUGUCCUUACCACAAGGGAGGAUAAUAGAAGCAUCGGUGUUAUGGCAAGUAGAGAGCGAUGAAGGCCUCCUCACGAAGCCCCUCGACCCGUAUAAAGAAUCACUCAAUUCUGAUAUACUUAAAUAUGCCGGUGGUAACAAACAAGAUUUCUAUAAGACGGCCAAGAGGAUGUGGUCGAGAGAGGUGUAUAACUACUACCAGCAUCUUUACAAUGACACCAAGAGGACGGAAAGCCUCAAUGUUCGAUCUGCUGAAUCGGUCCUGUGGACUCUGGCUAAGCUCUUUUCAUCUCCACCAGCAGCUGUAGCACGGUGCAUCACUGAUCUCAGAACUAUCGAUCAUGCUCUGGAGUCUAGAUGGCGUACUAGACUUAUACUACUCAACAGAGAGCCUCUCAUACGAGGCCUUGCCUACUGCCAGCAUCUUCUGUCGAAGAAUAUGGGUGCUAUGCUCCGCAGUACUCCACACUUCGCUGCUAAGAUUAACAACUCGCUCAAAGCAUUGGAUGAUGUAAUUAGUGAAGUUGUCUGGGAGAUGGUACAGGACGCUGCCGUCCGGGCUUUGCUGUGCAUCACUGUGGUAGACUUAGACCAGACCGUAGUUCAAAGCGAGGGGAUGCCUCUAUUCUUCUUGAUGGAUACGAGGGAGGUGGUCCCGGCAUCGGUCAUAUUCAAGUGCCGACAGGAAGAGGCAUCGGACAGGGCUAGCAGUGGAGGAGGAGGCCAGCGCCCUCAUAACACGUGUGAGAAGCUUAUUGCUCGAGACAGCCGUGGUGGGAAGGUGGAUACUGGGGAUGCUCCGGCACCUUCGCCUCCUCCUCCUCCUCCUUUCCCCCGAUGGAUUCACUGUGGUAGCACAGGAUCUGGUCUGCGCUACUCUGUGAUGGAUAUGUUCGAGGGCAUCACACUUGAACAGGAACUACAGGAUAUUAUAGAGGGCCGGCGCCCGCCUUAUACUCUGGGUGAAGCUCAGAGUGUUAUGAAGGCUCUCCUAGCUGCUGUGGAAGCGGCCCAUGAGGUGGGAGUAGUACACCGCAACAUCAACCCUAGUAGUAUAGUCGUGAUGGAGUACCAUGAGGCCAGCGUGUAUGGAGAGACAUCUACGGACGAAGAGAGUGAGCAGUCCCAUCACCACUACCACAGGCUGGUAGCGUUGAUGGAUUGGGCCGCUGCGACAAUAGAGGCUACACCGACAACAGAACACUCUGGGAAAACUCCUAGAGAGGACGAGAAAAAUAAAGGCCUGUCAGAGAGUAAAGCUGAUGAUAGCCAAGAAGAAGGGAGAGGUGGUCCUAUACCUGACUGGUCAUCUCUACUCAAAGUUGUGGGGUGGGUUGCACCCGAACAAAUCCAGAGAUGGGCGCAACAGUCUAGCUUUGGAAUAGUGACAGUAGGGGCUGUUGCCUCUGGACAUGCACUACCAACUGAGCCAUCAAGUGAUCCCCCCGCUACUGCCAACAAUGAUAAGUCCCUCGCACAUUCGCGGGCUCAGCCAACCACUGAAAUGGCCAUGGACGUUUACUCCUGUGCAGUCGUUCUGUCCCAAUGCUAUGGUGCUGUGCGCUAUGCUCAAUGCAAAGCCGAUGCUGAUAUUACCUAUUACAAGCCUAAUCUGAGAGCAACGCCGCUUCCACAGCUAGCACAUUGUGCUUCUCCAGUCACACUAGAGGACCAAGGACUCCUCAGAGUGAAGCAGCUUGUGGAGGCACAUGUACAGUCCCUCGACCAAGCACAGGAUCAGCUCGCCCGGGGAGUUUAUGGUCUGGAAGUGGUGAGGUCCCCAAUGCGUGCUGGAGGGGACAUCUAUAGACGCCUUGUCGUGGCUAUUGAUAAGUACCGCGAAACUCCUGCAUCUGAGCUGCAGUCUCAGAAGAGAGACAUCUGCUUCGGGUACCCCCAAGUGACCAGCGUGCUCCGACAGUCACUGCGCCCACGCUCUUCUGACCGUCCCGCAGGAUCCUGUCGUGGCCUCAAACGCUUGCUCUCUAUAGCUUUUGAUCGGGACGUCCUCCGUAUUGUGGAGACGUCAGCGCGGCUUAACCGUCGCGUGGUGCGGGACGGUCCGCCUCUGGUCCUACCGUGGAGCAUCAUUGCUGAUGAGCUCGGUGUGGGGCCUCUCAGCGAGGGUUAUAUACGCCGGUUAUUGAAGGAGUGUUCAACUCAGAAGAAGCUCAUCCUCUUUGGACAGGCGGCUUGGGCUGGUUGCAGUAGACUGUGUCGUAUCUUUAUGGAGGCUGGUGUGAACCCUUUCGAGAACCCAGCAGAGGAGUGUACAGCUACUGGAGCUUCGGAGCAGCACUCUGAGAUGAGUAGUGCAGUAGCUGUUGAUGAUGAGGCUGAUGGUACUUCUUCAGGCAGCGCCAUUUGUACAGGCUCGCUCACUCCUGUGCAGUUGGCCAUCAUGGCUGGGAGACUGAGCUGUGUCCACCUCAUGGCUUCUCAUGCGAGGCGACUCGGCCGGAUCCAUGUACCUCAUCUUAGACGUGACUUGUUAUCCAAGAGUGCGACGCCUAUGCUGGCAUCCACCAUGCCAACUAUCGUCACUGAGGGCUCUAUCAAGAGAGUAUCGCCUCCCACCCCACCAUCACGGACAGCAUGUCCAGCACCAGAGAGGUCCUCUCCUGGUCCAUCUAGGGGACCUCUUAAGUGUAUCGAUAUGAUACUGCCUCACAACAAGGGUGGUACGGCCCUACACUGGGCAACGACGCAGUGUCCGACCCACCUAAUAAAAGCUUGCUGUAGCAUCCUGUAUAAUACGGGCCAUGCCUCAGCCAACAUCACCAAUCACGAGGGUUUAACACCGCUGGACACUGCCGGCUGCAUAGCCGAUAAACCAUCACGAGAAGUCGUUUGGCGUUUCUUCCUAGAGAUAGGAUGCCGUACCGGGCAUGGGUCUCGAUUUAUGUGGCUCAGUCUACAGGAUCGAAUAGACAUGACCAUCCUCGCUCUCCUGUUAGCCUCAAUAGCCUUCGUAUCUGUUGGCUUCAUCACUAAUCAUUCCAAUGUUCCUCCCGAUGAAGCUGUAAAGUGGAUGUUUGGAUGUGCUCUGACUGUGCUCAUUUUGGUCCCUUUCAUGUGUAUGGUCCAUCGUCUUAGCCGAGCUGGGGCUGUGGGCCUUUGGUGGUUCCGACUCACCCACAGACACAGUCGGGCCUCCACUGAUUGCGGUGAUUGCCACGAAGAAGAGCCCCCUACAGAAGGGGAUGAGUGUAGCGGUCCUGCCAAGCGUUGUGCCCAUGGUGUUUUGUGAUCGCCCCGAUUUUGCCACUGAGUGUUGCAUGCAGA